AUGACGCACGCGGCCACCAACAUGCGCCUGAAGCUGCCCUCCACCUGCCUGGUCCUCGAGAUCAUCCUCAUGAUUCUGUUCGGGACGCUGGUGCAGUACGACUACGAGACCGACGCCAAAGAGUGGCACGAGCACAAACACAACGGCUCCACGGACGGGGACAACGACUUCUACUACCGCUACCCCAACGGGAGCCUCUACUCUGCGCUGUCGUCCGUGGGAGGUCACGCCGGAUCCAUACGCCGCACGUUCGGGCCCCAGAAGCUGCUGAAGACGGAGAACAUUUGGCUGAUGAAUCCACAGUUUGCUGGAGCGGCCAUGAUCCCCACGUCCCUCAGAGACAAAGAGGAGAUGUAUUUCUUCUUCAGCGAGUUCAACAAGACGGCGAGAGUGGACGAGGAGCCGUACAGAGCGAGAAUAGGCCGUGUCUGCAUGGUGGAUGAAGGAGGCAUCAAGGCCCUGCUCCCGGACUCCUGGACCACGUUCCUGAAAGCUCGCAUGAUGUGUGGAGCAGGCAACACCCAGCAGCAGUACAACAACCUGCGACAGGCCGUGGUGCUGACGGCGCAGGACAAGAGAGCCGGGGUUCUCUACGGGCUCUUCUCCAACGCAUGGUGA